AUGAGUCAGCAGGCGAACAACAAAUUUUAUAGUGUAAAAUCGGAACAAGUUUAUACAACAAAUAGGAUCAAGAGAUUUGAAAGGACUCUGACGGAACCGAAUCAAUUUUCUGUUUACUCACAGAAUUUGUUGGCCGGGUAUUGGACCGAUUUGGAUAGAUAUUAUUUUGUGGAGGAACCUAAGGAGGAACAUUAUGAAUGGAGUGGGAGAGUAAAGAAACUUUUGAGAGAUUUCACCAUUCAUCAACCUGACAUUUUAUGUCUGCAAGAAGUAGAAUUGGCUUGUUUUGAAAAGGACGUUUUGGAACCUUUGCAGAAAGUAGACGAAAGUUAUAGAGGUGUAGCACAGAAAAAACUUGGAGAUUUCCCAGUCGGAGUUGGGUGUAUCUUUAAAGAAAGCGUUUUUGAAUUGGUAGAAGUUUUUGAAAGAAGUUCUGUAAUUAUUUUGGUAUUGAAAUUUAAAGCAAAUGAUACACUGAUAUAUGUGUCAUCUUGCCAUUUGAUGGGAGAUCCACGAAAACCUCAAACACGUAUCAACCAACUCAAAUCUUAUUUCAAACAUCUCAAAAAUUAUCAGAAGGGAAAGGAUCAUCCUGUAAUUGUAGCUGGGGACUUUAACACAGAACCAAACUCUGCUACGUAUGAUUAUGUAGUGAAUGGAUUCCUCAAAGGUAAAUCUGAGGAGAAUGAUGUUAUCGCAACUGAUACUGAUAUCAAGCACACAUUCAAAUUAAAAAGUGCAUAUAAGGAAAUUAAUGGCAAGGAACCUGAAAUGACAUUGAGAACAAUUAACAGCUCACUAACCUGUGAUUAUCUUUUCUACACUAAUGAAUCUCUAAAGCUCAAUAAUGUAAUGUCUCUUUACGAAAAUGGAGAUAAGACACACAUGGAACGUUUAGGCUUGCCAAACUCAAAAUAUGGAUCAGACCACUUGGGAUUACAAGCACAUUUUACGAUUACAAAGCAAUAAUAAAUUGUAAUUUGAGG